UUUAUUUUUUGCUUUUCUCUUUCUGUUUUUGUGCCUCAGCUGUUGUUGAGCUGCUGUAUGUGUUUGUGUUCAGUGAAAUGGCAGAAGCGAGUGUUUCUUUGACUCAUGAUCAGUUCAUCUGUUCAAUCUGUCUGGAUCUACUGAAAGAUCCUGUGGCUAUUCCCUGUGGACACAGUUACUGUAUGAGCUGUAUUACAGACUACUGGGAUCAGAAGAGAGACUACAGCUGCCCUCAGUGCAGACAGACCUUCAUUACAAGACCUGUUUUAGGAAAAAACACCAUGCUGGCUGAAGUGGUGGAGAAACUGAAAACUAAACUACAAGCUGCUCGUCUUGAUCACUGUUAUGCUGAACCUGGAGAUGUGGAGAGAAAACACAAAGCUGUCAAGUCCUGUCUGGUGUGUCUGAACUCUUACUGUCAAAAUCAUCUUGAACAACAUGAGAAUUUAUUCAGGGCCAAGAAGCACAACCUGAUAGACGCCACUGGACGACUUCAGGAGAUGAUCUGCUCACAACAUGAAAAGCUGUUAGAGUUUUACUGUAAAACUGAUCAGCAUUGUAUAUGUCUACAGUGUAUGGUGGGCAACCAUAAAUAUCACAUAACUAUAUCAGUUAAAGAUGAGAUGACUGAGAAACAGAAAGAACUAAAGGAGACACAGAGAAAAUACCAGGAGAUAAUCCAGGACAGUCAGAAGAAGCUUCAGGAGCUGAGAGAUGCUGUGGAGACUCAUAAGCGCUCUGCACAGACAGCAGUGGACGACACUGAGAGGAUCUUUACUCAACUGAUCCGAUCCAUUGAGAAAAGACGAUCUGAGGUGACACAGCUGAUCAGAGAUCAGGAAAAGACUGCUGAAGGACUCUUGAAGCGACUGGAGCUUGAUGAGAUUGAUGAUCUGAGGAGGAGAGACGCUGAGCUGGAGCAGCUUUCACAAACAGAUGAUCACAUCCAUUUCCUCCAGGUAACAGAGAUCUGUUGA